UCUAUUUCCGCGGACGAUAUAAACAAUCGGAUUGUAAACAAAACAAUUAAUAAACUAUAUUCUUGAUUUAAACAUGGUUACAAGAUGUGUCAGUAUAUGAAAAGUAUGUAACUUUAUUUUUCUUAUUCAUAAUUUCUUUGUUUGUCUGCGAUUUGCCACAAAAUGGCCUCGUCAGCAGGGUUUUCAUUUGCGACUUCCCCACCCGGUGGACUCAGCCCACAGAAAUCUGGUCGUCAGAAUUCCACAAGAAAAACACCGUCGGCAGCGCAAUUGCUCGAACAAAUUCGGAACUUGGAAGCAGAAGGAAACAAACUGAGAUCGGACUCUUCAGGAAUUGGUGGACCAUCCAUGUUUAAUGCACUCACAGAUCUGAAUAUGUCAAACAGCAAUGAAAAGUCUGAGCAGCUUCCAAAGUUCACUUCCACAUCACCAUCCUCUCUGUCAGCACUUGUUGAUUACUCCAGCGAGCAAAAGACAAUCUCCGACCUCAGGUUGCAGUUGGAAAAACAGAGAAAGGAGACAGAGCGUCUAAAUACCCAACUGCAGUCAGAUGGUUUUAGCUCAGGCAUGCCUCGUGCAAGUACUGGAGUUCACAUUCCUGGGAGCCCUUCAAAGAUGGGCUUCCCUGGUAGCCCUUCCAAGACAGGCUUCUCAACCCUUCCCUCAACAGAACUGUUCAGCUCUAGACGACCUGCCAGUGUAACUGGAGUUCUUGGAAGCAUGGAGGUCCAUGGACCACCGUCUCAUCUAGAGAAGGCAUUAAAAGAUUCACAGGAGCAAGUUACUGAUUUGAGAAGAAGAUUAAUGGAGUCCAGUGAGUCUGGAGAGAGUCAGAAACGCCAGUUCCGACUCACAGUAGAGGACAUGAAGGCCAAACUACAUGAUACCAUGGCCAGCAGGGACUCAAUGCUAGAACUUCGUCAGAAAGAGUGUAUGACCCUGGAAACAAAGAUUGCUGAACAGAGUGCCAUCAUAAGGGAUCUACAGGCCAAAAUAAAACAACAAGAACAAGCCCUGGCAGACACUUCAAAGAAGGCCGAUGCCCACUCUCGGGAGAACUUUGUAUCAGAGACCACCCUGAGCCAGGUACGGAUGAUUCUUGUUGACGCAGAACGCCGGAGGGGUCGGGCGUACUUCGAGUCAGACCCUGCAUCCCAGCAAGCACCAGCCAUGCUUGUACACACGCUUGAGAGAUGUAUACAGGAAAUGCUGAAAGAUUUGGAGAUCCGGAAGGCUAAAAAUGAGGAGUUGGAUAGAGAAGUACAGGAACUGAAACAGACCCAGACCAGCGACCAACACACCAUGUCCACUGAAUAUAAACACAAUGAUGAUGAAACUUUGUCAUUAUGCAGGAGGAUCACCCAGAUGACGGCAGAACAUGAGCGUCAGAUACAGAUGGCCAACGAGAGAGCCAACAAUGCCCGUAAACAAGCCUCCUCACUGGAGUCACAGCUCUCUACUAUUCAAGAGCAGCACCAGCAACAGUUGAAGCUGCGAGAAGAAAGUGUUACAGAGCUGGAGAAUAAGAUCAAACAUCUGCGUGAGGAGCUCCAUGAAGAGCGGGAUAAAUAUGCCUCGAAGCGGGAAUCACUGGAGCAAACCCUGAACAACACCGAGAAGGAGAUGGCCAAACUGAGGACAGAGAGGGACGACGCGACAAAGAAUCACGCCAGUAUGGAGUCUCGUGUAGCUGAUUUACAGGUGACAAUCAACCGUCUGACCCGUGACCUUGACACCGAGAAGGAGGGUUCUGGAAAGUACUGGGAACGGGAGGGUCAACUUAGGACAAAACAGGCACAGUUGGAGGCCAGGCUUGAGGAAAAAACACGCGAUGUGGAGCGACUCGAGAAAACUCUCGCCUCUGUCAAACAGGAGUGUAAUGCAACAGUUUCCGAGAAGGUAUCACUGAUUGAACGUCAAGAACGUGAACGACACAUGGAGAAAAUCAGCAGUCUAACCCAACAGCUGAGCGAGGUCAGUGAAAAAUGUAACCGCGUUUCCCAUGAGCUGGAAUCAACACGAGGGGAUCACCGUGAUCUUCGACAACAGGCUAGAGAUGCUACAGACAAGGCUGACACUCUCAAGGUGCAGUUAGAAGCUGCAGUUGCUGAGAGAAAGCACCUUACCGACAUGCUCACUGCUAAAUCGUCUGAUUUCGAUCGGAUGUCUCAAGAAAGAGAUUAUUAUUUUAACAUUAUGGACGGUAAAAAUAACGAGGCUGGGGAACUGAAAUCUCAGAAAGAAAGAUUGACUAUACAGCUUGAGGAGAAAGAAAAGAGUGUCAGUGUUUUACAAGAACAGCUUCAGAAUCUUCAGCUUAUGAUAGAAUCCAAUUCAAGAAACUAUGAAAACAUUCGAGAAGAACGUGAUGUUUUAAUACAUCAAUUACAAGAAACAACAAGUAUUCUGGAGGAGCUAAAAUCAAGUAAGGACACAAUGGCAAAGAAAAUGAAAAUUAGGGAGAAACGUCUGCGAGAGCUGGAGGGUGAGAGACAACGUGUGGCAGGUGAAAUUGACCUACGGACCCAGGAGAUGGCGAUUAUUCAGAAGGAGAAGGAGACACUAUUUAAGGAGCUAAAGGAGAGCAGGUAUGAAGUGGUGGGCCUGACUGAGGAAAGAGAUGGGCUGAAGAAAAACUUGGAGGGCCAGAAAUACAACCUGGAGAGAAAUAUUGCCAAACUGCAGUACAGACUCAAAUCGACAGAGCAGGAUCUGGCAAUGGCCCAGAAGGCCUUGAGAAAACGUGAGUCCGUGGACAACACCGCAGUCAAAAUGGCCGACAAGAUGCAAAAGGAAGUGACAGCUAAACGCAGCCUCGUUGACACACUACAGUCCAAGAUCAGCUGGUACCAGGAUCAGCUAGAUGCCAUUCUCAAGGAAAAAGGAGGACUAGAUAGUGACAAAGAUAAACUGAAGUCGAGCCUCAAUAAAGCUCUAGUCCAGAAUCAGCAGCUUAUGGUUGAGCUGGAGACCAGCAAUAGCCGCACAUCGGAGCUCAAGUCACAGCUCGGAAAACUUGAGUCCUCUCUGGAGAAGCUUAUUCAUGAGAGAAAAAAAGAAGCCACUCUACGGAAUGCCACAACCCAGGCCCAGGUUGAGAUGUUUGAACAAGAAAUGACCAGGAUGAAGCUGGCACACAGGCUGGAAGUCAAGGAAGCAGCUCAGAAGGCUUUUACCCAGCACAAGGAUGUUGGUGAGAACCAGACCUCAGUCAGACCUGGAACCAGUAUACCUCAAUCCCAGCGUUCAACUUUACCUCAGUCUGAUAGGGAUGACAGGCCAGAAAAACUUGCACAGGACGAUAGACUUCAGGCACAGAAGUCAAGUGAAAACUACAAAGAAAUAGGUUCUGAAUUGAGGAUUCUCCUGAGUGAAAUGAGAAAUAUCAUCACUGAAUCCAAGGAGAGCCCAAGAGAAGAAAAAAGAUGUUCAUUAGAGAGUAGAGAAAGACCGGAAAGGGACAGCAAUAGACAACGUUCAAAACCUCAGCCCAAACCUAGGAAGUCACAAUUUCCAAUUUUUGAGAAAAAGAAACCUGCAUUUUCACACUACAGAAUAUGUCCAGCUUCCUCUGAUGUGAGUUACUAUAGCGAUGCUGAGGUGGAUGACCGGAUACACAACAGGUCAAGGUCACUCACAGGCAACUAUAAGCUGUACUCUCCAGAACAACAGAAAGUGGGCAAACAACGUCAGAGGUCAGUAACUAGUAGCCGAAGACACCGUAGAAGCCACUCAGCAGAGGCCUCGUUCAUGGCUAACGAGAAGACGGGGGAUUCCAGCCAGUGGACGGAGAGUGACUAUCGUACCUCAGACUACUCCCCACCCCCUCCAGACACUGACGACACUGUGGACACUACUAACACAUCUAGAGAGGAUUUCUCCAGCUACCUGAGCUCUCUGUCUCCAUCCCAGAAUGCCCUAGAUUCUGACACAAUUACCUCCCUUUCUGUUGGCUCUCCAAUAAUGGAGAGUACUCAAGAGGACGUGAUGGCGAGUGUGCCAAGUGCGGCAGACACCCAGGAGCUCUGCAAGCGUCUGGAGGAGCGGAUCAUCAGCCUCACACAGAUGGGUGGCAACCUUCAAAAGGAAAACAGAGAAAUGGCCGACCUCAUGAAGACUCAAGGCAAAAAGCUGAAGAAAGUCAAGGAGACCGAGAAGAAAAUUACACUGAGAAAAAAAGCCAGAUGAUAAACAGUGCCUCUGUGACUUCGGGCUUCAAUGAAUAUCAUGUACAUCAACUUCCAUUUGUGGUGGUUUUGUGGGAACUAGCAGAGACACUGUGACGUCAGUAACUUUAUGAGAUGCUUAUCUGUGAAAGUGAAGCCUCCUUAGGCUUAUAGUAAAUCAAAAUUAACAUCAAAAUGCAUUUACGUCACGUAAAUUUAGUGAUUAGUUGUUCGGAGAUAUAGUGUGCCUGCAGACUGUUUCAGAUCACUUUUUCAUUGGCUUAAUAAGAGCAUGGAAAAUACCAAUUUAAUGUCCAAGGUGUGCUAUCUGGAAUAUUUAGAAAAAUUAAUGAGAUUUCAAUUAGUGAUAUUUUGUCCUCUUUUCAGAUAAGGAACGUGUGAUAUGUGGAUCUAUUUGUUGUUGAGUCAGUAUAAAAAAUGUAAAAAUGUUCCAUGUGUUCUGUUACAUAAAUACACGGACCUAUACAUGACAGAUCUGUGAUCAAGAAUAGUAGUUUUAUAAGUUUUUAUUAGUGUUACUGGUAUUAUUGAUCAAAUAUUUAUUUCUGGAAGUAGAUCUUAUUCAUUUUGAGAAACAAUGCUGUAUUUUUCAUUUUUUCUGACAGAUAAUUUGCUAAAUUUUACAUGAUUUGCACUUAAAUUGGCUUAAUAUUGUCUCUAUAUAGUUUCAUGAAGGCAAUUAAGUGCUCUAUUGUCCAUAAUGAUAUUUAUCAACAUCAUACAUGCCCUCAUUAGAGACCAUUACGGUAUCUGAAUGUUCCUUCUUCCCUGCUUGUAUUGUUAAGUGAUAAAUGCCAGUAUCCAUGCUGAUAAGGCAGUAUAAAGUAACCAGAUUUUGUGAUAGUGAGACAUUUUGUCCUUUUGGUUGCCUUUCCGUACUUUUAUACAAUGGUCUAUCUGCAAACACAUUCAUCAGAGCUUCAGAUAAAGGUGGCAUUUGGUGUGAAUAGGCUUUAAGAUGCAUCAAUUACGGUAUAAAAUCAAACAUCUGUUGGUAUCAGAAUGAACAAAAAUUGUCGUAAUGGCAUACCAUUUUUAAGAUUAUUUUACAACCGUUUUGGAAACAACCAUUUGGACCAAAUGGAAGAAGGCUGCAUAACUGGUGUAGAAUCAUUUCAACUCUGUGUUCUUUCUUGACAACCAUUAUGUUUUAAUUGCAAUGAGAAUUAAGCGCUGUGUGGCGAUUACAUUCUGGCUUUAGGAUCGAGCCUAUCAUGUAUGUAAAAUACAUUUUUAUUUGCACUUCAAUGCACACUUUAACAAUUGACUUUACACUUUAUUGUAUGAAACGGAGUACAAAUGUGUCCAAUAAAUACACAGAAUUACUUAAGAGUGUAGAAUACACUUGAAAUAAAAAGUUAUCUGUACCUCUGCAUACAUUUGUGGUCACUGUGCUAACUAGUUCCGUUGUUUCUCCGGGAAUACACAAUUUGUGUGCUUGUAACACUGAAUUAUCAUCGUAUUAUAUUAACCAUUUCAUCAUAUGUUCUAAUAUGUUGUAAAUUGUAUUCCAAUUUAUGUAUGUGUUAAGUGUUCCAUAAUCAGCAUUGUGCUAACAGUCUGUGAUAAUUGUGGGUUUGGGGAAAAACAGAACUAUCACCUUCAUAGUUAAAUAUUGGGUUAGUUUCAUUUUGCCUUACACCCAUAAGAGUACAUAUAUUAUUCUAAUUUCCAUUGUACAGUAUUUAUUUGUGAUUUAGUGUCCAUUAGAUAUGUAUCUAUACUUACAAUACACAUGAUAUUGAAUGAUGAACUGUAUUAAUAAAAUGUGGUAUGAAC